AUCUACAACUGAAGUGGAAAAAACACACAACUCUGUUAGCUUACACCAGCAGAUGAAUACAUGUCAGGACGGUAGCCGGGAGUCGACUCAUCGCCGAAGACGGAUAACCUAAUAUUGAGUUUGAUUUCUAGCGCUACAUUUUAUCCUCGGAUGAGAUAUGUCUCCAGCGGAGCACAGACGUUUAUUUAUUGUUUGAGUCGUAGCUAGCGGGCUAACUCUCCUUUCCCCCCUAACUACGAGCUAGCUUCUUGGGUGUGAAAACAUAUAAAAUCCGGCAUUGGCAGGCUGUGGUCAAGAGAACGAAACUUGACAAUGAAUGGCCUUUCUGUGAGUGAGCUGUGCUGCCUGUUCUGUUGCCCCCCCUGCCCCAGACGCAUUGCUGCCAAGCUCGCCUUCCUGCCCCCUGAACCCACCUAUGCCCUCCUGCCCGAUCUGGAGGCCGGGCCGGUACCGGCCGGACCCACAGGGAAGUCGAGCCUUCGCUCCAGGGGAGGAGUUGGGAGUUCUGUAGGAGGAGGAAAUGCCACAGGGGAGGGGCGCUGGAAGCUCCACCUCGCAGAGCGGGCGGAAUUCCAGUAUUCCCAACGGGAACUGGAUGCCACGGAAGUGUUCUUGACUCGCUCAAGUCGGGGGAACAGAGUUGGAUGCAUGUACAUCCGCUGUGCCCCUUCGGCGAGAUUUACCGUGCUGUUCUCCCAUGGUAACGCUGUGGAUCUAGGCCAGAUGAGCAGUUUCUAUAUCGGCCUGGGCACUCGCAUCAACUGUAAUAUAUUCUCCUAUGAUUACUCUGGCUACGGGGUCAGCACGGGAAAACCGUCAGAAAAGAAUCUGUACGCAGACAUAGACGCAGCGUGGCAGGCUCUACGCUCGCGAUAUGGCAUCAGCCCAGAGAAUAUAAUUCUGUAUGGACAAAGCAUUGGCACAGUGCCCACGGUGGACCUGGCAUCCCGAUACGAGUGUGCGGCUGUGAUUCUUCACUCCCCUCUCACCUCUGGCAUGAGGGUGGCCUUCCCUGACACUAAGAAGACUUACUGUUUUGAUGCAUUUCCCAAUAUUGAGAAAGUGUCUAAAAUCACGUCUCCAGUGUUGAUCAUCCAUGGGACUGAGGAUGAGGUCAUCGAUUUCUCCCACGGCCUGGCCCUGUACGAGCGCUGCCCCAAGGCCGUGGAGCCGCUGUGGGUGGAGGGAGCCGGACACAACGACAUCGAGCUGUACAGCCAGUAUCUAGAACGCCUGCGUCGUUUCAUUGGGCAGGAACUGGCGGCACAACACGCCUAAGCUCUCCUCCGUCUCUGUGUUUCUCUCUUCAACUUGUCAUCCCACCAUACCCCAGUCUGAACGAGAGCGAGAUGGAUGAUCGUAACUUAUUGAAGGCUGCCAUUUUGUAUGGACGUCUUAUUAUCGGAGCAGCUUGACACAGAUGAGCUGCUUGGAUUUGUUAUAUUCAAUGUUUUCCUUUCUUCACCUUCGUUUUUCAUCUCCCUGUACUUGUGAGCGUGAGUGGAAACCCUGGGGGAUGGAAGCAGAAUUUCUCUGGGGCGAGGACGGAUCCUUUUCUGCCUGUUGAAGUCGUUCUCCGCACUCUAACCAGUGCAAGGAAAAAGCCAGACGCAGUUUUGUACCUCCGACCUGAGCAUUCGUCUGUACAGUGGUUCUCCGGCUUGUUCCCAUGAUGAAUCAGCCGAGAGAUCUUCACUUCCCACUUCUCAUCAGACGACCUAAAAUAGCUCAAUCCCAGCGCCAGCGCGCCUGGCAGUUUUCCAAAGCCUGGAUGGAAAGCGUUGACCCUGCCGGAGGGAUCAGAAUAAACAGGAUAUUUGGUGGUGGAUGAUUUUAAGUGUCCUAUACCAGUGCAAAAAAGCCGAUCUUAGCAUGGUGUCACCUCAACCUCCCUCCCCCUUUUUAGUUCAUUAAUGGAACCAUUUGGCUUCCUCGGGAUGGCUCUUGUGUCCAGGUGCGUGGGGUUUUUCUCUCUCGUAUUCGCUUUGGGAUGCUGACCUCUAUGUACAAAUGUGUUGCCCUCUGAUGAGUUUCCCUUUUUGUAAAAGAUGAACCGGCUUUUGGUAAAGUGACCUGGUCUACUCUGCUCCAGGCAAGGAAAGCUGGAAUCCUGGGACUUGGCCUUUGUCCCCAGCAGAUCAGUCCAUUUCUCUUGCUGUCUCCUCCCAUUCUUAGUAGUAUAUGAGGGUGUCCAUAACACCCUGAGGUGGAAGAGACCGGGAAGGUUGCCCAGUCAUCAUAUUUCAAUGAAACCGCUGUGGUUAGGAUUCAUCACUUGAAACACAGUACACUUGCUGCUCUCUGAGUAAAGCUAAUUUUCCAUAGAUCCAGCCAGAUCCAUACGUCAUGGUUAUGAACUGUCGGGCCAGUAGAAAGACUGAGGUUGGGGACUUCCCUGAAUCCAGAAUUUUGGCAUAGUGUUUUCACACGUCUACAGGACAGGAUCAGGCAGUUGAACCUGUUAAAGAAUAUAUAUUGUCAUUAUUUACUCAUGUCAAUCCAAACUUGUCUUAGUUGCCUUUACUGUAGAACACAAAGGGAGGAUUUUGUUAUAAUAUCCUGGUUAUUCUUUUCUAUUUAAUAAAGGUGGAAAUUGACUGUGGCUGGCAUGCAAACAUAUUGUAACGGUUAUAAAAUGUCUCAUUUUGCCAUGGAGAGCUAGGCUCGAUGUUAAGAUGUCAUAAUUUAAAUGUUGGUCUUUUUCUCAUCUUUUUGCUGUUUUUAUAUGGCUCUUCUUGUAAUUUUGGAGUUUGACAGCCCCAGUCCUUAUACACUGAAUUAUGGAAGAAAGUAUUCAAAUCCUUCUAAUGUUCCAGGUUUAGAUCGACAUGAGACACAGUUGUUGCACAACUGUCUUGCGGAUUAACAGUGUGAAAGCAAGUAACGCACAAACAUGGAUAGUAAUCGGUCUCCCCUGUGGCAAUGACAUGCAACUCGCAGCCAGUUUUUCCUGUUUGUGGUUAGAUGUGAAUGAUCUCCCUGUAAUAGAAAUGUUAUGUACUCUCAUACAGUUUGCAUUCAAGCUGUUAUCUCAAAUACAUCUGUUGUUCUUGGGUUUUUGUGUUGUUUAAACAAAUGCUUAAAUAAUGGGAGUUAUAAACCAGAUCAUGUAAGGCACAGUAUAUAAUUUAAAGAUUUUUUUAGGAUUAUGAAAAAAAUAUUUCUCUUUCCUUGUCAAAUUACUGGCUUAGUGGAACAUGUUAUUUUUCUAAAGGCUGUAAGCGGGAUUACUAUUGAUUGUAACUGACAUUUGGCACAACAAUGUGGUCAUUUGAAACCUUUUUAUGUGAUAUGGCUUUACUCUUUCUUCUUCCCCCUUAAGCGCUGUCAUCUCGAGUCAAGCUACUCAUCUUCAAAGCAUUUUCCUUAGAUAUGAUGAUGCAGCUAUGACUUAAAGUUAUCAGGUUUUAUGAUGUAUUGAAGAUCAAGACUAUUAAAGGCAAGAGGUUGAAAUCCGCUUUGAAAUCCCAGAAACACUAGCGCUGAGAUCAUUCAGUGAUGUCUUAUAGCUUUUCAACUGUGAAUUAACAAGAGAGCUGCUACAGAUCAAUUGAAUGGUCUCAAUUCAAUUAAAGGGCCAUAUCCAGUAAACGUUUGUUGUUUUUGAUGCAUAAAAGCUUACCAAGCCCUUUUAUUAAGAUAAGACACCACUUGACAUAACUUUUGCACUGUGGCUUCAUAACUAUUCUGAAUGCCACAUAAUUUAUUUUGCCUCAUUAACUGUAUACAUUGUCAGGGUGUUUUUCGCUGGAUUAAUAUUUGGAUUUUGUCAUCAGAGAGGUUGUUUGACUUUGGAGGAAAUCAUGUAAUAUGUUCCGUAAUUCUCUUUUCAACCCUUUUUUCCCCAAGUUACCCACAAAACCUGUUCUCAUGUUUUCCAGUACACCCGGUCAUGGGUUCUGUUCUGUUCAAACUUUAUUCCACUACUACACAAAGCACAGUGAUCAUUCUGUAUUUAAACAAAACACUCCGUUGGUUAAUAAUAACCAAAGCCUGUUUCCAACAAAUCUGAUUCCAUGUUCCAACAUGUAUUAGUUUAUAAAAUCUGUUGUUUGACACAAAGGGGCUUGUUCAUUCUCCAUUCUGACCAAAGAUGACAGGUGAUGGCAGCCCACUGCCAUUUGUCACCACAACUGGGAUGUGGACUGCAGAAGGAGGGGCCUCACUUGGCCUAUUCAGACAGAGCCAGGUCUCACACAAUACCGGCUGCUGUUAAAGCCAUCGAUGGGAUGUUUUGUCCAUCAUGUGGACUGUUGGUGUGUGUCUACCGCCAGUACGGCACAAGUGUUUGGAGGCCUGAAGCAAUACUGACUGAAUCAGAGGACUAGAUAUAUGGAUGCACUGUGCAUAUACACAACCCGGGGGGCACAUUGGUUUGAGGUGGGGCUAUCACCCAGAGGCGCCAUCAAACACAUUCAGAUACAAACUUUACUAAGAUUUUCUUGUUUAAAGGAUAUAAGUUAUAGAAUUGUCUUUUAAAACUAUCAGAUGUAUAACAUUGUUUGAGAAUCUUAAUCUUGAGAACCUGUUUUUUAUCUUAAUUGGUCAGGAGACAGAGUCAUGGGUGUGUUUUAUCUUAUAAGGCAUUAGUCUAAUGUUGUUGUUUUUAGUUUUAAAGAUGUAUUUCCUUUUCCAGAAUUAUUGAAAGUAUGAGAUCUUAGAAAAUAAAAAGAUGAAU